AUGCUUGAAAUAAUUUCUAAAAUUUUAUUUGCUUCAUUAAUAUUAUUUUCAUCAACCACAUAUGCAUCUAAUGAAGAUUCUCAAUAUUGGAGAGCUAUAUUAGGAGAUAUAUGUCAACUUCCAAGUUUUCCAAAAGCUACUGCUGAUCCAACAAGAUAUGUUGAAUGUGUCAAACAAAAUGCUGAUUCUAAUGGUCGUAGUGAUCUUGGAAUUUGGCUUUUAAGAGAAUGUCUUCCAGGAUAUGAAUUUGUAGCAUCAGCUAGACGCUGUAAAACUACAUCAUCAAUUCGUCGACAACAAAAACUUUGUGAUUCAAAUGAUGCGGGUCUUUAUGAUUUUUGUCCAACAAUUCAAAAUAAUCAAAUUCAAUUUACUGUUGAAGAAAUUAAACAAGGUCCAAGAAAAUGUACUUGCCCAAAUGGUGAAACUAAUUGUGUAUGUCCAUUACCAGAAAUUUUUCAACCAACAAAAGUUAAUGUAACACACUCUCGUGUCAAAAGGCAAGCUAAUAACUGUAAUUGUAACCAAUAUUCAGCAACAACAAAAGCUCCAGUAUAUCAAAAUGAUGGAUGUAAUUGUAAUACAUGUACCACAACAACCACCCAACAAACAUACUGCCCACAAAAAGAUACUGAACAAACAGUUAUCCAACCACAAGAAUGUCAACUUGUUUCUGGUGGUGUUCAAAAUGCUAAAUAUCAAGGAAUUUGUUCAUGGAUGGUUGAUCCACUUGCUGUUGAUCCUGAAUCAAAAACUCAUUUUCUUCAAUGUCAACCAGCACCAAAAAAUUUGUUUUGUGGAAGAUGGCAAAGAAUGCCUUGUGCACCAGGAACUGUAUUUUCUGUAAAUGAUCAAGUAUGUGUAUGGGAUUCCUCAAAUAUUAUUGAACCAGGUCCAAUUCCAACACCAAAUCCAAAUCUUCAACAACCUGGAACUUUACCACCAGUAACAUCUUCUCCAAUUUUAAGAGAUCAAUGUAAUUGUAAUGGUGGUGUUAAAAUAGGAAAUUGUAAUAGUAAUUACCAAUGCCCAGGACAAUCUGUUUGCCAAGUUCCUCAACAAAAUCCUGUUGUUCAAACACAAGCUCCAGUUUCAAAUGAUUGUAAAGUUUGUUGUUAUUAUGGAACAAAAGCAUAA